AUGUCUAUUAUCCCGGGGACGAGGACCAUUUUUCCCCCAGGAUCUAAGAAAGCUGCCCAACAGGACAGACUAUUGCGGCUCUACAUCGAAGACCCGAAGCGUGCCAAGAGGUUAGUGUUGAAUCGGCUUUCUGCUCUGAGGUUGAGAAUGAAGAAAAAGAUGUGUAAGGGCAUGCUCCAGCAGAAAGUGGACACUUCAAAACCUGAAUCACACAUUUUGUCUUCUCAGUUAGAACGAGCACAGGAAAAUACUAACGAUCUCAAAGUGGAGAGCACCGAGCUGAAAGUUCAAAUGUUGAUUGAGCGGCAGAUUCAGUUGCUGAACAAUCUGAACAGGGAAAUAAACAACGAGAUUGAGUACCUGAGGUCAAUGACAGGACCGGCGCUUCCUAGUUCUCCGAAGAAUGCACUCAUAGUAGCACCAAUGCUUGCAAUACAGAAAACUGGCACUUAG